CAUUGAGACCCCGUGCACUCAGUCUGUACGUUCGGGUAGGCUACGUGCAGCAUCAGUUCUGUCUUCCUUGCCCUCCAUCUGUACAACAAGAUGCGUGAAAUUGUUCACAUCCAGGCCGGCCAGUGCGGAAACCAAAUCGGAGCCAAGUUUUGGGAAGUGAUCUCCGAUGAGCACGGCAUUGAUCCCACUGGAAGCUACCACGGGGACUCCGACUUGCAGCUGGAACGCAUCAAUGUCUACUACAAUGAGGCUUCCGGAGGCAAAUACGUGCCGCGUGCCAUCCUCGUGGAUCUGGAGCCCGGCACCAUGGACUCCGUACGGUCUGGACCUUUCGGCCAGCUCUUCAGGCCAGACAACUUCGUCUUCGGCCAGAGCGGCGCGGGGAACAACUGGGCCAAGGGCCACUACACAGAGGGUGCCGAGCUCGUGGACUCCGUGCUCGACGUCGUCCGCAAGGAAGCCGAGGGCUGUGACUGCCUGCAGGGCUUCCAGCUAACACACUCGCUCGGAGGGGGCACCGGCUCGGGCAUGGGCACCCUGCUCAUCUCGAAGAUCCGUGAGGAGUACCCGGAUCGGAUCAUGAACACUUUCUCGGUCGUCCCCUCGCCAAAGGUCUCCGACACGGUGGUUGAGCCCUACAAUGCAACCCUCUCGGUCCACCAGCUGGUGGAGAACACGGACGAGACAUUCUGCAUCGACAACGAGGCUCUGUACGACAUCUGCUUCCGCACGCUGAAGCUGACCACGCCCACAUACGGAGACCUCAACCACCUCGUGUCUGCAACCAUGUCUGGCGUCACAACCUGCCUUAGGUUCCCAGGCCAGCUGAAUGCUGACCUGCGCAAGCUUGCAGUCAACAUGGUUCCCUUCCCUCGCCUGCACUUUUUCAUGCCUGGCUUCGCGCCCCUCACCGCCCGUGGCUCGCAGCAGUACCGUGCUCUGACGGUGCCCGAGCUGACCCAGCAGAUGUUCGACGCCAAGAACAUGAUGGCCGCCUGCGACCCCAGGCACGGCCGGUACCUCACGGUGGCAGCCAUCUUCCGCGGCCGCAUGAGCAUGCGCGAGGUCGACGAGCAGAUGCUCAACGUGCAGAACAAGAACUCCUCCUACUUCGUCGAGUGGAUCCCGAACAACGUCAAGACCGCCGUCUGCGACAUUCCGCCCCGUGGUCUCAAGAUGUCAGCCACAUUCAUUGGGAACAGCACUGCCAUCCAGGAGCUCUUCAAACGAAUCUCCGAACAGUUCACAGCCAUGUUCCGCCGCAAAGCUUUCCUCCACUGGUACACUGGCGAGGGCAUGGACGAGAUGGAGUUCACGGAGGCGGAGUCCAACAUGAACGACCUGGUUUCCGAGUAUCAGCAGUACCAAGAGGCCACCGCAGACGAGGAGGGAGAGUUCGACGACGAGCCAGAGGCUGAUGCCGAAGCUUAGGCACAAUUUUUUUGUUUUGUGUUUAUCGUUUUUCUUUUUUUUUUCUCGCCGGUGUCCGGCAUCCUCCACCCCCUGUUCAUUUCUCCCAGUGAUUUUUUUUUUUUGCUUCAUUCAUGUUCAAUAAAUUAUUUUGUUCAAGCCUA